AUGCAACAUCAAGCUCCAGUUACAGUAAAGGACGCGGAAAACCAUGGAAAGCAAGUCGCGGAAAGUCCAACGAACCAUCGCAAGGACGCGGUAGAGGUCCAGGUCCAGGUCCAGGCCGUGGUCAUGGAUCUUCAAGAAGUGUUGAAACAUCAUGAAGAUGUGUUUAGACCAAGUGGUCCAGGUGAUAAGAUUAGGGAUUUCACGGCAGAGGUAAAAGUGAAAGAGGAGGUGCAACCUACCUUUUUUAAAGCUAGACCGGUUCCUUAUGCCCAGUUUGAAGUAGUGGAGAAGGAGUUGGAUAGGCUAGGAAAAGCAGGGGUGAUCAAGAAAGUGAAGAAUAGUAGAUGGGCGGCCCAAAUAGUUACUGUUCCAAAGUCUUAUGGGUCAGUCAGAUUAUGUGGCGACUAUAAGCAAACAGUUAACAAGGUAUUAGAGGAAGACGUUUACCCAUUACCUACCUGUGAAGAUCUGUUUACUAAUCUAGCUGGUGGCAAGGUAGUCAGUAAGAUUGAUUUGUCAAAUGCUUACUUGCAGCUAGAGUUGACCGACAAGAGUAAGGAGCUACUUACAAUUCAUACACACAAAGAGCUGUAUCAGUAUGAAAGAUUACCAUUUGGGGUAUCGACUGCUCCAGCAGUGUUUCAAAGUGUUAUGGAUCGAAUCUUAGGUGGUAUGAAGGGAGUGUGCUGCUUCCUAGAUGACAUAUUGAUUAGUAGCGAAAAUGAGGAAGAUCAUAUCAAAACACUGAAUGAGGUGUUAGGGAGGCUCCAAGAGUAUGGUGUCAAGGCGAAGAAGGAAAAGUGUUCCUUCAUGGUUUCUAGAGUAAUAAACCUAGGGCAUGAAAUUGAUAGUAAGGGUGUUCAUCCUACUAAGGAGAAGGUAGAAGGAAUCUGUGAUGCAAAGAGACCAGAGAACAAAGAUGAGUUGAGAACUGUCAUAGGCAUUGUGGUGUAG